GCCGCUGCGCGCGGCGGGGGCGGCGGUCCGGUCCGUCCCGGUGCCGGUGCCGGUCCGGAGCGGCGGGCGGAGCGGACGGAGCGGAUGGAGCGGCGGGGCCCUGCCUCCCGCUGACGCCGCCGGAGCAGACGCCGCGGCCGUGACCUUGGCGCGGAGGCGAAGACUGCGAACUCCUGCCCCCCAGCGCCGACCACGUGUGGGGUGACAUGGCCCAGGGGAACCACUACGGCCAGACCAGCAACGGGGUGGCGGACGAAUCCCCCAACAUGCUGGUGUACCGGAAGAUGGAAGACGUCAUAGCCCGCAUGCAAGACGAGAAAAACGGGAUUCCCAUUCGAACGGUCAAAAGCUUCCUUUCCAAGAUCCCCAGCGUCUUCUCUGGGUCAGACAUUGUUCAGUGGUUAAUAAAGAACCUGAUGAUAGAAGAUCCAGUGGAGGCCCUCCAUUUGGGGACGCUGAUGGCUGCCCAUGGCUACUUCUUCCCAAUCUCAGAUCAUGUCCUCACCCUCAAGGAUGACGGCACCUUUUACCGGUUUCAGACGCCCUACUUUUGGCCAUCCAAUUGCUGGGAGCCGGAAAACACGGACUACGCGGUGUACCUCUGCAAGAGGACGAUGCAGAACAAGGCCCGGCUGGAGCUCGCCGACUACGAGGCUGAGAGCCUGGCCCGGCUGCAGAGAGCCUUCGCCCGAAAGUGGGAGUUCAUCUUCAUGCAGGCCGAGGCGCAGGCAAAAGUGGACAAGAAGAGGGACAAGAUCGAGAGGAAGAUCCUCGACAGCCAAGAGCGGGCGUUCUGGGAUGUACACCGCCCUGUGCCUGGCUGUGUCAACACCACGGAGGUGGACAUCAAGAAGUCGUCCCGGAUGCGAAACCCACACAAAACCCGCAAGUCUGUCUAUGGUUUACAAAACGAUAUUCGAAGUCACAGUCCCACCCACACACCCACGCCAGAAACGAAACCUCCCACAGAAGACGAGCUACAGGAGCAGAUAAACUAUUGGCAAAUACAGUUAGACAGACAUCGGUUAAAAAUGUCAAAAGUCGCGGAUAGUCUGCUGAGUUACACGGAGCAGUAUUUAGACUAUGACCCAUUUUUUGUGCCGCCCGACCCUUCCAACCCAUGGCUGUCCGAUGAUACUACUUUCUGGGAACUUGAAGCAAGCAAAGAACCGAGCCAGCAGAGGGUCAAGCGCUGGGGGUUCGGCAUGGACGAAGCGUUGAAAGACCCCGUGGGGAGAGAGCAGUUUCUUAAGUUUCUAGAGUCAGAAUUCAGCUCCGAAAACUUAAGGUUCUGGCUGGCAGUGGAGGACUUGAAGAAGAGGCCCAUUAGGGAAGUCCCCUCGCGGGUCCAGGAGAUAUGGCAGGAGUUCCUGGCUCCGGGAGCCCCCAGCGCCAUCAACUUGGACUCGAAGAGCUACGACAAGACCACGCAGAACGUGAAGGAGCCAGGGCGGUACACGUUCGAGGACGCUCAGGAGCACAUUUACAAACUGAUGAAAAGCGAUUCAUACCCACGUUUUAUACGAUCCAGUGCCUACCAGGAGCUUCUACAGGCGAAGAAAAAGUCGGAACCCUCCAUGGAUCGCAGAACAUCUUUUGAGAAAUUUGCGCAGAAUGUGGGCAGGAAUCUCCCCAUUUUCCCAUGCCAUAAAAACUGUACUCCAACACUGAGGGCCAGCACUAACCUGUUGUGAAAAGAGGGGAAGUCCCUCACGUCCAAGAGGUUAACGAGCCUCGUCCAGUCCAGCUGAAGGGACGCCGCCCUGUCGCAUGGACACGCAGACCGAUGGAGCCGCCGCCUACACUUUGUAGCUCUCUCGUCGUCGUCGUCGUCGUCGUCGUCGUGACCUGGAGCCGAGGACCUUGGGCCGAGAUGUUGCAUGAGCAGAGGACCCGCGUCCUCGUGCUUCCUUCGAGCGCCAUCUCCACCGGACUCCGCCACCGCCACGCCUUCCCGUCCUCCGUGAAGGCGGCCGGCCUCCUACCUCCCUCCACGUCCUCAGCUGGCUCUGUGUCUUUUCCUUUUUUUCUUUUCUUUUUUUUUUUUUUUUAUCAAGUUCAAGUGACGUGCGCCUUCUUCUUCCCCUCCCUCCCCCCUCCCUCCCCUUUUUCUUUUUCUUUCCCUCAACGCUUCCGCUAGACACGCAGUUCCCCGGAGACGGAAUCCGUCACUGAACUGGAAGAACUGUCGAAGAAAAGCAGUCGGUGGCGCCCGACAGCUUCACACAGAGUUUACGUGACGACACCCCUUUGUCCGGGAAGGCUCCUUGCACCGAUGUCAUCGCAGAAACAAGCACCCGCGUCCGUCUGCUGUCCGUAUGUGCGCGGCCCCCCCUCCCGUCCCUGCAUUUAUUUUUAUACCGUAUUUAAAUACGAAGCACCUCACAACGUGUGUGUGUGUGUCCCCCCCCCCCCGCCACCAUGGAUUCCAGCAGAUUCCUCCUUCCCUGUAAAUUUGUGUAUGUUUAUAUCGUUGUUUUAUCUUUCAUUAAAAGAGGCAGAAUCU